AAUCCUGAGAGAAAAGUUUUGCUCAGCUGCCUUAAAGGCUGUGGAGUGAGUUUGUUUAGUCAUAUGGCUCGACUCAGUGUUUCACAUGUCACCAACCGUGCGGACAGACUGUGGUGAUAUGUCCAAAACGCACACCACUCUGCUCGUCGAGGAGGAGUGUUUGCAAACAUCGUCUGACAGGAGAUGAGGUGACAGUGGCUCAAAUCUAAUCAACGCGCAAACGAUGGCAAACCAGACUGAUGUUUACUUAUCCGAGCAGGUCGUCGUGUUGUUUACCUGCGCGCUGUCCUUCCUGGGCUCGUCUCUCAUCAUCCUCACCUACAUUAUCUGGUCAGAUUUGAGGACGACUCCGAGAAAACUCCUGGUUUUCCUCUCGGUGUCGGACUGGCUGUCCGCCGUCUCCUACGCCUUCGGAGUCUGGAGAGUUUUUCGCACCGACUCGCUGGAGUGCGUCGUUCAAGGGGCCAUAUCCACUUUCGCGAACACCAGCUCUUUUUUCUGGACCGUGGCCAUCGCCAUUUACCUGUAUUUUCUCAUCGUGAGGUCCAGCCAGAGGUUCGCCGACAGCCUGGUGCUGUUUUUCCACCUUGUCAGCUGGGGUGUUCCUCUGAUCAUCACUGUUGCAGCCGUGUGCUUACACAAGAUUGGCUACGAUGCAUCAGAGGUGUCUGUGGGCUGGUGCUGGGUCAGGAUCAGCGCCCCUGACCAUGUCCUGUGGAUGCUGCUGACGGGAAAGAUCUGGGAGUUCCUGGCUUACCUCACCCUCCCUGUCCUCUACAUCCUGAUCAAGAGACACAUCCACAUAGCGCAUGCUGCCCUGUCCGAGUACCGUCCCAUUUUGCCCAACAGGCCUCAGUCCCAAUCCUUCUCCUCCAUGGCUGAUAGGAAGCUCACACUUAUUCCUGUUAUCUUCAUCGUCCUGCGCAUUUGGAGCACAGUGCGUUUCAUACUGCUGCUAGCCAAGUCUCCGGUCAGACAGAGCCCAGUGCUGGUCACUCUACAUGGUAUUGGCAACACCUCGCAGGGAGCAGCCAACUGCAUUAUGUUCGUAUUGUUUACUCAGCCCAUCCGCACUCGCCUGUGCACCGCUCUCUUCUGCUGCUCCAAAUGUCGAACAGAGGUGCAGCACUCAGAUGACGCCCCUCACAGGGUGCCGCCAGGACGGGACACCUCCGCACAGAGAGAAGAAGACAACACCGACCAAGCUGGAACUGAUAGAUGAUACUUGAUUCUGUGCAUGAGAAGAUGGUUGACAUAAAGGGAGCAGCGUAUGGCCUUCACACUGAACCUCAUUACAGCAAGUGCCUGCAGAAAGGGUUUUAGAUUAUUCAGGUUCAUACACUUAGGGUGAUGAUGACAAUUAAUGCUGCCUGUCUAUACACUGGCAUUUGGUGAAGCUUUUUGAAUAUGACAUAAAUUUUGCACAUGCAGAUUUUUUUUUUUUUUACUUUAGUUUCAUAAAUGUGCUGUACAUCAAACUUUAAAGUGCUGUUUCACUUUAAGUUGCUCUCUAUACAUGUUUUCUGGUUGUUGUUUUUUUUUAAUGGUACACUCCACAGAAGACAGCUCUGUAGCUUUAUUCUUGAUGCACUGUGUGGACUCACUUACAUUCUGAGUUUAUCACUGUGAAAUGAAUGUUCAGUUUUCAUCUUGCUCCACUGAGUAUUCAAGUACUGUAUUUAUGGGGAAAACUACCUGUAUUUUAGUGUUAAGUAAAAAAAAAAAAAAAAAAAAACUCUUUUUCCUCGCUGAUUGAAUUUUUGCUGAAACAUGGCUAAAUACACUGAUAUUGGCAGAGCUUCUGAGCUUUGAAGAGGGUGAUAGCACAACAUGAAAGCAGUGCAUUUAGGCGUAUUUUUGCCAAAACAAUGAGUGUUUGAAAGAUUCAAUUUUGAGAUGGACAGUAUUUUCCAAAGUGAAAAUCUGAAUCCAUUAUGACUGACUGACAUUAAGCCGAACACAGCUGCAGUUCUGUUAGUUUUUACAGUCAUCUUUCAAGCAAGAUAUUCAAAAUAUGUUACAUGCAUUUUGGGAUAGAUUAUCAC